AUGUCAAAGUUUACCAACCGGAUAAGCAACAGUUUGCGCAGGCGCAGUUCGCUGUUUGCCGGCUUCUAUAAUUACAACGUAUAUGUACAAACUGGGGACCAUCCACGGGCCGGAACUGACGCACAUGUUUACAUUGUGAUGCAUGGUCAAGAUGGCGGGAAAUCCCCGGAAACCAAGCUCGCCGUUCUUUUCAGGGAUAACUUUGAUCGAGGCAAUUUGGACAAGUUUAAAAUCAAGUUCCAGCCGUUUUCUGUGCUUGACCAUAUUGAGUUAUGGCGAGAUACGGCGGGCUUCAGACGCGACUGGUUUGUAGAAACGAUCAUGAUUGUAAACAAGGAAACGAGGAUAAAGACUGUAUUCCCAAUUUUCCGCUGGAUCAGGCCAAAUUAUCGAUACAAAUUCUAUCCGCUUGAUAUCAGUCUACCGCAGCAUGACAAGGCCGGUACCGAUCAACGUCGCCAAGAACUUGAAGAAAAACGGGAAACAUACCAACUGCACGUGCGAAUGCCUGGACUUCCUGCGCAGGCGCGAACGCCCCUUCCGAUCGACGAGCAGUUUCCAGCAGAUCACAGCUGGGACAUAAUUAAACAACGGACUCGCAACAGCGUGACGAGCAAGUUCGUCCGGUUGACCACGAGUAACUGGCGCUCCAUGGAUGACGUUCACAACGUCUUCACACGAGGACUACUGGAGCCGUCCGACCUUAACAGGUGGAAUGACGACAAAGCGUUUGGGCUCCAGCGACUCGCGGGCGUCAACAACUCUUGGAUUCGGGUGUGUAAACGCAUACCCAACAACUUCGGCGUCACAGAGGAAAUGGUGGCCCGUUUUCUCGAUGGUUGUUCCCUAACUCGUACACUGAGCGAUAGACGCGUGUUUAUUGUGGAUCAUAGCAUCCUGCAAAACAUUUCUACACACGACGAUUGUCAUGUUUGUGCACCAAUGGCUCUUUUCUUUGAGAAAAGCGAUGGCGUUCUUAUUCCGAUAGCUAUUCAGCUGUUUCAAGACAUUGCCGAUGAUAACCCUGUGUUCUUACCCUCGGACUCCCACUUCACGUGGACGCUUGCAAAAAUGUGGUUCAACAACGCAGACGCUAGCAUCCACCUUGCCGUGUCCCAUCUCGGGUUUAUGCAUAGCAACAUGGAGGGAAUCAUUGUCGCCAUUCAUCGCCAGCUGUCGCAGUCACAUCCAGUUUUUAAGCUUUUGGCGCCACACUUUCAUCUCGCAGUGGCCGUUAACCAGAGAUUGUCUGAGAAGCUCCACGCUUCCGGUUCCGGUUGGCUCGAGGAGAUAAUGUCCAUCAAUAGCGAGGGAUUUGACGAAUUAGUGCGUCGUCAUAAGACAAUGUGGCGGAUGGACAUUGAGGGAACACUUCCGGCUGAUCUACGCACGCGCGGGGUCGCAGAUACGGAUAUAUUGAGUCAAUACUAUUUCCGGGACGACGCUCUAGCCCUUUGGGAGCUCAUUGAAGUGUACGUCACUCGGUACCUCAAACUCUACUACACCAGUGACGAAGACGUCGCGGAAGACUGGGAGCUUCAAGCAUGGCGCACGGAAAUGGUAACAUCGGAAGUGGAAGGCGGACUCGGGUUGCAGGGCGUCCCUGGAGACUCGGACCUCUUCAAAAAACGAUCUCAGAUCACCCAAGUAUGCUGCUUUAUCAUCUAUACGUGUUCUGCAGGGCACGCGGCCACAUGUUUCAAACAGUACGACGAGUAUGCGUUUCCGCCAAACUACCCGACGCGCCUGUCAGGAGAGCCACCACGGCACAAGGCGGCCGUGUUGGAGCAAGACGUCCUAGAUGUGUUACCCGGUAAAACCACCAUGCUGGACACGAUGAUGAUUAUGAAAUGUCUCAGCGAGAAACACACAAAGCCUCUAGGUGACUUUGAAACAAAUUACGUGUUUGACCCCAAGGCGGUUAAGGUUGUGAAAGAUUUUAAAGAGGACUUAAAGGCUCUGAGCGCGACAAUAAAGUCUAAGAAUAGACUGAGAUCACCACCUUAUCUAUAUUUAGAUCCAAGUGAAAUUCCGAAUAGCAUGUGCCCUUGA